AUGGAAACAGCCACUCGAGAUGCUACAGAGAUCCACAGCGAGGGUAAAGAAGAAAAACAUCUUGGUCUUGACAAACUGACACUGAACAGACCCUCGAAUAGGUCAGAUAGUGGCCCACCUUCCCCUGUAGUGUGUUAUCGAUGUGGAGCUAAUACCCAUGUUGCAACUGAGUGUAUCUACACUCAGAAAGAAAGAAGUCUAUCAUAAGUGUGGAAAGAUAGGUCAUAUUCAAAGAGCUUGCCGGGCACAACAAAGCCAGGGGCACGGUCGACCCUCGCCAAGAUCAAGAUACCAGAAAUCGACCCAUGCCAUAGAGACCGAACCAGAUGAAUAUGGGCACUUGUUGAAUAACCUAGAAGCUCAUAAUGUAAACAAAACAAGCAGUGAUGUCAUAUGGAUUGACGUGAAAGUUGAAAAUCAACCACUAUCCAUGGAACUAGACACAGGAUCGGCCGUGUCCAUUUUGCCAUACGACAUGUUCUUGGAAAGAUUUCGCGACAAGAAGUAA